GGUUAUUGCGUCAUAAUGUUUACGGUUAUCAGCUGAUCAAUGGACUUGGGACUUAACCCUCACCCCUUAUUUUUUUGUAACUUCAUGCACGGUCAUGAUGAUGUAGCUAGCUAGCUUUCAAAUGCUUAGUGCAAAAGACUGUCCGACAAGAGACAUCUGUAAUAAAGGUUGCCCAUGCAGUAUGUUGGUAGCUGUAGAUCUCUCAUAUUCAGUAAUAUGAUAAUCCAUCUUCAACUUGGACAACACUCCACAGUGUAGUAAAUCAUCUCAUUUACUAAACCCAGUGGUAUUUUCAUUUAAAUUCAUCUUUAGUAGGUUUAUCAGGUAAGUUGGAAUGGAAAGUCAAGUGGAAUGGACUGAAGUGAACGUAGAUGUUGGCUGGGGAGUAUUACGUGGAAAAAAAUGUUUCACGGGCAGUGAUGGCAACAGGCCUUUACUCCGAAUAUUUGGUAUUCAUGGAUGGAUGGAUAAUGCCAAUACGUAUGAUCGCCUUGUUGCUGGAUUGCCCUCUGGGACAGAAUUGUGUGUGCUUGAUCUCCCAGGGCAUGGAUACUCAGAUCCUCUUCCCAAUGGUGCAUAUUACGAAGUUCUAACUUAUGUUAUUAAUGUUAAAGCAGCUGUAACAAAACUUGGCUGGAAUCCUUUUGUACUUAUUACCCAUAGCUUAGGUGGUUUAAUUGGAUAUUUUUAUACAGCUUUGUUCCCAACAGAAGUAUCAGCAAUAAUUUGUUUUGACUCAUUGACAUUUAAACCUGCUCCUGGAUUAUUUUCAAUUUUGAGAUCAGAAGUGAAUAACACUUUGAAAUGGGAGAAGGAGACAGAUUCUCACCCUAUAUUUUCUGAAGAAGAAGCCAUACAGCGCAUUAUGAGAUCACGGAUGGGGGGACCCAAUAAUGAUAUUGUAAAUGUUGAUGAGGAUGCUGCCAGAGUACUCUUAACAAGACUGGUGAAGCCUGUCAGUGGUGGUCUGACAUGGAGACACGACCGUAAAGCAGUUGCACGCUUUAAGAUGUUUUACCAGGGUAGCACUUGGUUCUAUAUUAUUAAGCAAAUUAAGUGCCCAGUAUUAUACUUCCAUCCAGUGGAUACUAUUUAUGACUUAACUCCUUCAGAGCGAAGCAGUGUUUUUGAUAUUUUAAAAUCUGAAACUGAAUUCUCUAAAUGUGUUGUAGUUGAAGGUGCUCACCAUGUCCAUCUAACUCACCCAUAUCGGGUUCUUCCUGAUAUCACAAAAUUUCUCUUAAAAUUAAAGGAGACUACUCAGCCUUCACAGUCAAAGCUUUAAAGGAGAAUUGCGAGAUGAAGGAGAGAAAGAGAAAUCAUAACGGGGCAGUUGACAUUGUAUACAAUGAUUGUUACCUUUGUAUAAAUGCAUGUAACUAUACAGUAUAAACAACCAUAACACAGUAAACAACACCAACUCUAUCAUAUUUCUUGCAAGGUAGUACUGUAAUCCACUGAGCACACUAAAAUGACCAGGAAAUUAUUCAUAUAAGGCAGGUAAAGAGUUUGAAUUUAUCUACUAUAUGUCAGCGUUCAUUGCUUACAUAUAUACGUAUGGUACAGAAGAUAUUUGACAUAUUUUAAGCGUAGGAGAAUAAGAAGAGCCAAAGCCCAAUUUAUUGCUUUCAGUGAAUAAACAAUCUAAUAUCCAGUUAGUAAAUGAUGAGACUUCAGAGUAGAGAUGAGAUGAUGAAAUUCAUAGAAACUUAUGAAAUGGUACGUUGCAAUGAAAGUUUUAAUGAGAUAAGAAAAUUAGAUUAAGUGUACCAUUUUGCUUGAAAAGUAAUUCACUGAGGUUCUGCCGAUCUUAAGAGCGUUCCUGUAUCCUAUUUUGCGUUUUUUCGCAUGAAGAUUGGAGCAGUUUUGAUAGCAUUAUUAGUUAUUCACUAAAAAGUUGUUUUUAGGAGGGGAAUUCAACAUUGAAGCUUGGAUGGUUCUCUUUUGUAUUGCUGAUAAUGAAAAAAAUAAGAGAGCAGUUCCUUCAGAGUUACAUGUCCUUUCAUAUUUUACCUGUACCUCUUCCUGUGAAAAUUGGCAAUGAAAUGAUGUAAUUAAUCACUAAUGUAGGUCCAGAUGGGAUUCAGCUGUUGGUUAUAGAGAAAUUGCCUCUUCAAUCACUGUAACUGUUUUUUGCUAGUCUUGUCAUAAAGCAAAUACACUUGAGGUUGGAAUGAUAGACUUGCACUGUUUGUUCAUUCCUACCUUUGUUUUUAUUUAUUUUUAGUUCCUCUGUCCUUUAAUAAUUGCCAUAGGGAUGUACAUGUAUUCAUCUUUUGUUUAAUUAAAUUUUGAUUUUUGUAAAUGGUUAGAUAAGUUAUCUGAUGUUCCAUUCUCACUAUUUAAUCAUGGUCUUGUGUUAACAGCAAAGAUGCCAUGGUAUCUGUGCCUUACAAAAACAGUGGCCUAAGAACCAUACAUUGUAGUAAUUAGCUGAGUAUUUGUUUUUCGAAGAGUUAUAUGUCCAUGUUGGUGGGGUAUAAUAUAUGGGAUAUAUGC